GAGCGUUGUUAUGGAUCGUUGUUUACAAGUGUUUGGAGUGAAGUUGCGGUUGCUAUGUUGCACAGCAGUUGGUGCCGCACGCAUGCUUACCUGUCCUUGAAUGCGCCGAAUACUAAUCGUAGCACAUAUGUGAUCAGCUCAUGUGGUGUGGACUCAUGCUAUCUAGUCGAGAUCAUACUUUGGAAAGAGUUGGUAGCCUAUUCCAUGCGCUUACAGCUGAGUAAAAGCAACUUUGCGCGGUGAGUAGUGAGAGACUGAAAUUUUGUAGCUUGCCGUGACAAACAACGUUGGCCAGUCCCCAACACGAACUCCCACCCUGUAACAACACCUCAACGCCAAAUUACACGUCAAAAUGGCAGCGAACUCAGGUAUGGUCAACCCGGCCAUCUUCCAGGAUCUUCAGGCGCGCGUAGACGAAGAUACCGCCACUCGGGAUGAGCUGCGCGACAUCAUCCAGGCUCUUGAGAAGCACAACCGCAAUGUCUCCUUCGUGUUGUCGAGAGCCCACUCGACGCCCGUCAGCGAGCUACCCGACAUCCUGAAAGCUGCGAAAGAGCCUAUUGACAAUGUCAUUGACACCGUCUCCAAGCUGUCGCAGGCUGCGUCAAAGAUGCCGUAUUACAAGUUCAACAACAUGUGGAGCCGUCAGAUGCAGGGCGCGUGCGAGAGCGCUUUGUUCUGGGGCUGGCUCGGCGGUUACAAGUACGACGGUGGUGAGGUACAAUGCGGCCGUCUCUUGACCAUCGAGGAGCUUGGCGAGAUCUUCAAGAUCCCCGUGAAUCUCAAGGACCGCGAUGAGUUCCACCUCUCGCUCGAAGAGUACCUACAUUCUCUCAUGACGCUCGUUGAAGAACUGACACGUCUCGCACGUAACGCUGUCACUCUCGGUGAUUAUGAGCGUCCCCUUCUCAUCAACCAGUUCGUCAAGGACUUGCACGCGGGUUUCCAAAUCCUCAAUCUCAAGAACGACAGCUUGCGCCGCCGCAGCGAUGGGCUGAAGUACAGGGUCAAGGACGUGGAGGACGUGGUCUACGAUCUGUCUUUGAGGAACUUGCUACCGAAGAAGGGCGAGCAGAAGCAGUAAAGGUCUGCAAGAUGUGGUGGUAGAAGCGCUGCUACUCAGAAACAUGUCGCACGAGAAGCACACUAUGAGAUGAAUGAGAAGAAGGCCAAGACAUAUAGGCCGUCAAUGAGUUCCAUCACAGUUCACAUGUAAUUAUCGCUUGUUACAAACCAUGGAGGUGCUCGAGAGAUGUUUGCUGUCUGUCCAAUGAGAGC